AUAGGUGACCACCAAGUGGUGUUCAGCUUUGCUCCAAUGGAGGAGCAACUGAGAGGGGGAGGUCAGGAGGCCAAGGAGGGGACUGAUAAAUGAGGCUGGUAGGUCCCAAAUGUGCCUAAUUCUCCUAGCCGAAGCUGAAUCUUUUAUUGAUGUAGAGAGUAAACACUUGUUCUAUUUUAGACUAAAACAAUACAUCUGGAAACACAACCGGUAGGCCUAAGCCUUUGACAGAUGAAGAAUGUUAUUUAUACCUAAUAGUCUAAUCGAGAAAGCUAGCCAAGGGUUUUCUAAACCGUAAGAUAUAUUGAAUAAGAUCAAAGUUUUCGUCUUACCCAAUGUAUCUAGAAUAGAAAUUCCUUGAUUAUAUUAUGUCUAAGAAUCAUUAUCCUAGUUAGAUUGAUAAGACCAUAUUUUGAGACGAUCUGACUCCUUUUAAGAUUAUUUUGUUCCUCUCUUCCCAUAUGUGGUAAACAGAUGCUGCAAUUCUUGGCCUUACAGUGCUGUCACAUCUAUAACCAACAAGUUCAGUCCAACUUAAUGGGGCAAUAUGAUGCCCACAUAGUGUUUGAAAAAAUCUCCAAAUGAGUUGAACAAAAGAGCAAUUAAAGAAAAUAUGUGAUGGAGACUCUGCAGUGGAGAUACAAAGGCUACAAAGAUUUGAGAUUCGAAAAUAGGUCAGGGAGUACUAGAUAGUUGGUAGCCUAGAUUCGUAUUUUUUCGCUCUAAAGGAUCACAAGCAUGUGACCCUCAGGCCAUCUUUGAGCCAAUUUUGACAUAUUAAUUGUCAUCAAAUGGGGACACUGGAUCAGAUUGUACACUUACAUUUAUGGGAAUUAAAGAUUCACCCAGAAAUAGAAACAAAACAGGUGAUAAGACUUGGAGGUGGCACGACAACAGCAAGACGGUGCCAAUGCUGAAAAAUUAAUUAUGGAGGACCUGUAGGAACCAGUUGAUGAACUGCAAGGAAACUGACACAGGAUCCCCUCCACAGGAAAGGAUCCGGAUUCCAAGAUUAAAGUUCUUGAUCUCUUGGACAAUAUUGCCAAAAGAUGCAUGUAUGCUCAAGCUACAAGAAAGGUUAAAAAAUUUGUUUAUUUUAUUUAUGAUUUAUUCUUUUCAUUUUUAUUUAAAGAUGCCUGCCUUUGGUUCAUGGAAUUAAUUUGAUUUUAAUGUGUUUGAAAACUGGAAAGAGUCGGGUUAUGAAAACUAAUGUGCACAUAUUGAACAAGUUUUAAACCCAUGAGCUCAUAAUCUAUAAAUAUUGUAAGAAAAGGAAAAGGCCAUUAUGCUAUGUCAGUCUCAUCUUUCUGUCGAGGACUUGGUGUGGAUGAAGUGCUGUAAGGGAAAUAUCAUAGACAAAUCUAAUUUUUUUGCUCCACUUAUUUAUUGUUAUUAUUAUUAUUUUUCAUAUUCGAAUUUAUGUUGUGACUGUUCUAGUUUUUUAUUUUUUGGCCAGUGAGUGUAGAUGAUCAUUGAUUAGUGCCUUAGUUUUAGAAGUACUUUUGCUUUCAUGUUCAUCUUUUCUUAGUGACAUCCUAUCAACUAUAUUUGUCUUCUUGUAGAGCAAGGAAGCAAUUGUCCACCAUACAAUUAAAUUAUUAAAUUAACACAAGAAAACAACAUUAGACAAAAUGAAUUAAUUGCUAAUGACAUCAUCACUACAACAACAAUAAUUUGCCUUGAUCUAUUAGGAGCUGAUCCUCUUAAGUUUGUCUUACUUCCAAUUAAUAAAUACGUAAAGCAGUAAUGAGUGUCACAGUUCAGUUGAUUUGGAGUCUGCAGCAAUAUGGCUGAUUUGGGAACCUUAGUAGUCUAUCUUUCAAGCUCUUUGUGCUUGUUCCUUUUCUUAACUCUCAUCAAGUUCUUUCACAAAUAUUUGUGGGUGCCAAUUCGCAUCCAAGGCUUGAUGCGGUCACAGGGAAUCAACGGUCCUUCUUACAGAUUCAUCCAUGGGAACACCAAAGAGAUCUUCAGCAUGAGGAAGGAAACAAUGAGUAGACCUAUGAAGAAUUUAUCACAUCAAAUAUUUCCUAGAAUUCAGCCUCAUAUUUACUCGUGGGUCAACGCAUAUGGUAAGCUCUACCUCAGUUGGUAUGGUACCAAAGCUCAGUUAAUUGUUACUGAGUCAGAAUAUGUCAAAGAUAUACUGAACAAUAAGCAUCGAGCUUACAGGAAAAUAGACAUCGAAGGCUAUUCAAAGAAGCUAUUAGGAGAUGGUCUUGUAUUUUCAGAAGGUGAAAAAUGGACAAAAUUACGGAAACUGGCCAAUCAUGCUUUCCAUGCAGAUCAGUUGAAGAAUAUGAUUCCGGAAAUGAUUUCAAGUGCGGAGAUGAUGCUAGAAAGGUGGAAACAGUAUGAAGGAAAAGAGGUGGAUAUGUAUGAAGAGUUCAGGGUAUUGACAUCAGAAGUGAUUUCCAGAACAGCUUUUGGGAGCAGUUAUUCAGAAGGGAAAGACAUAUUCGAAAUGUUGAUAAAGUUGUCUAUCAUAAAUGUUAGAAACACUUUCAAGAUUAGGCUUCCUGGUAUCAGUAAAUUCUUAAGAACUGCUGAUGAUAUAGAAUCGGAUAAACUUGAACAAGGAAUACGAGAUUCCAUUAUAAGGAUUAUAAAGCAAAGAGAGAAGACAAUGACUGGAGAAGUAAAUAACUUUGGAACUGAUUUGCUUGGAUUACUAGUGAAGGCUAAUCAUGAUGUUGAUCAGAAUUAUAGAAUAUCAGUAGAAGACGUGGUUGAUGAAUGCAAGACCUUUUACUUUGCUGGACAUGAAACUACUACGACCUUACUUGCAUGGACUGUUCUUCUUCUAGCAAUCCAUACAGAUUGGCAAGAGAAAGCGAGGCAGGAAGUGGUAGAGUUAUUCGGCCAAGAACACCCAAAUUCAGAAGGCAUUGGAAGGCUAAAAACGAUGAACAUGAUCAUCAAUGAAUCUCUAAGACUAUAUCCUCCAGUGUCUCAAUUUAGAAGAAAAACUGAACAUGAAGUCAAAUUGGGGAAGUUCAUUAUUCCAGCAAAUAUAGAGCUGCAUAUGCCAACACUGACACUUCAUCAUGACCCUCAAGUUUGGGGAGAAGAUGCCCUGCUUUUCAAACCAGAGAGAUUUUCUGAAGGGGUUGCUAAAGCUACCAACAACAACCAAGCACUGUUUAUUCCCUUCGGUUUGGGACCUCGAAAUUGUGUAGGAAUGAACUUUGCAAUCAACGAAACGAAGAUUGCUCUGUCAAUGAUUCUGCAGCGCUACAGCUUCAUCCUCUCCCCAACUUAUAUUCAUUCACCAGCUGUAGUUGCGACAAUUCGCCCACAACAUGGGGUUACUGUAAUUCUCCAUGCGCUGUAGUAUGCACUAGAGCUGUUAGUAGAAUGUGAAAGUGAAUGAAAUAACCAACACUACUGAAGCAUUACUAUGAGAUUGUAUUUUGAUGUGAUAUCUUGUAUUUUGAUGUACUAUGAGAUUGCAGUUAAGAAAUUCUGAGUGGUGUAGAGUGAUAUUAAAAAAUGUUAUUAUGCUAUGUCAUGUCAGUCUCAUC